AUUCGUCCCGACGAUCGAUGGCCGAACGCCGCAUCCUCGAAGAGACCGAGGUGUAUGAGACCCCAGAGGUCGAAGUGUACCCCAGUGGAGGAAGCUCUACACUGCAUCCAUAUGCACACAUUGACGACACAACAUCCGGCUCCGACUUGAAUGAGAUUGACCGAGCCCCGCUCCGACCAGCAGACGCGUUCCACGCCUUUCUCGGCGCGUCGGUCCCUUCGAACUCGGAAGAAUUGAAGGUUGUGCCGCGGGGAGAACUGGAAACCCCUACGAUGCGGUACCAUCGACUUCAGCAGGAAAUGGGCGAGCUCGAGACCGAUCUGGAAUUGCUCCAGAACCUAUCCAAGGACUCCACGGACCCUCCAACCUACCGCACAAUGCUGCAAGGCCUCAAAUCGCUACAAGCGAACUUGAGUCAGCUGCAGCUGGACCCAACAACGUCCGCGCAGCAGAACACCCCCAGCACCGUCCAAGCGCAACAACACCAUCUCUCGACGCAGUUGUGGAGAGACAUUCAAUCGUUUCGCGAGCAACAUGUCGCUACGACAGCAUCCUCCGACAGCAACGCAGCCGGUCUCAUCUAUGAGGUGUACGCUGUGCACGAAGAGGACCAGUCUGCGAGAUUGAAACUAGCAGCGGUCGAACAGCGCGUGGCACAGUUGGAACGUCUCGUGGGUCCUGCGUCGUCGUCCGCCGAGGCAGCGUCGUUGCUCCGUCAUGUGCAAGAGCUGGAAACACGGGUAUCGCUCCUGACAUCGUCCGAGGUGUCGGCCAUUUCGUCGCGAGUGGGCACGCUGUUGAACCAAUUGACUUCGAUCAGCAAACUGCAAGACACGAGUCCGAUCGUCCACCAAACCAUCGCCACCGCCCAAGAGACCACGCAAGUCGCCGCCAUGUACGACAAGCUUCAGUCUGUGGGCGCGACGGCAGCAGCCAUCCCCGCUUUGGUGGACAAACUCACCAGCGUCCAAGCGCUUCACGACGCCGCCAGUACCUUUAGUGAACGCAUUGCCACGUUGGAGCUCAACACGACGCAACUGCAGGCUAUCUUGGCCACCGAUGCCACGCUCCUUGAAAAUAUGGAAGCCAACUUGACGCGCAACCUCAGCACAUUCCAAGCCAACCUGGAGCACCUCGACGCUCGGCUGCAAAAACUGUCUGCACCAUAAAUCACGUGAAAUAGUUUGUGAUAUUAUAUUCGAGCAUUGAUACUUUUGUCUUAUAAUUGAGCCUUCCAUUGGCCAACAGCCGCGGGGCCGGCGUCCCGGGCGUCCAAGUAGUCGUUGAGCACCUCUCGAAAGUCCUGGAUGCUCGCCACGCCUUUGGGCGUGUACUCUGUUCGAAGCGUCGCGCGGACAUACACUUGGUCGAGCACGUCGGGCGGAAUUUCGUC